AUGGAAGCUCACAUUAUUCUUUCACUAUUCAGCUUCGUGUCCAUGUCAUCAGCGUUCUAUUUCCAUGUAGCAGAAAGAGAGGAGAAAUGCAUCAUAGAGGAUAUUCCUAGUGAUACCUUGAUCACAGAUCCAGUUUUCAAUAAAGAGCGGAUCCACUUGGAUAUUCGAAUUGGAGAACAUGACCUUGAUGCAGUAAUUGCUCAAGCAAAGGACAAAGUUAAUGAAGUUAACUACAAACUGGAACAUCUGACAGAGCAAAUUGAGCAAAUCAUCAAAGAACAGAACUAUCAAAGGGAACGUGAAGAAAAUUUCCGAAUGACCAGUGAAGAUACAAACAGCAAUGUUUUAUGGUGGGCUCUUGCUCAGAUGUUAAUCCUUAUCUUGGUUGGAAUUUUCCAAAUGAAGUCCCUUAAAGAUUUCUUUAUAGCUAAAAAGCUGGUUUGA